AAAUACGUGCGGAAAAGAGGCGACGUGAAGCAAAACAUCAAACACCUGGCAUGCGGGACUGGGUUCUUUCCCUGAGCAGAGGAACGCGGUCGCAUGAUCAGAUUCUCGAGCAGGAGAGCGUUGCGAUGCGCGAGCGUUGCGACACCCUGCGACGGUCGUGGACGCAGUAGCUUCCUUCAACCGUCGUCACGCGGGUUCUCGGCCCAACCCGCCCGUCUGCCCGACCAAUGUCGAGACGGCUCGGAGCUUCUUCCACCACCUCCGGGCUUCGACUCGCAUUCCUACGCCAGCAUGCUCCAAGCCUGCAUCCACAGCGGCGACCCCAUCUCGGCCAGGCCUCUCCACUGCGACGUCGUCAAGAGGGGCGCUUGCCUGGACUUGUUUGCUUCCAACAUCCUUCUCAAUGCGUACGUGAAGUCCGAGCUCCUGGGGGAUGCGCGCACGCUGUUCGACGGAUUGCCCGAGAGGAAUACCAUAUCAUUCGUGACGUUGAUCCAGGGCUUAGCGCAGGGCCUCCGGUUUGGCGAGGCUGUCGAGCUUUGCGGUAGGUUGCACAGGGAGGGGCACGAGCUGAACCCGUUUGCUUUUACUACUUUCUUGAAGUUGCUUGUGAGCGUGGAGAGGGCAGACAUGGCUGGGGCUGUUCAUGCCUGCAUAUGUAAGUUGGGCCAUGAUACGAACGCUUUUGUUGGGACGGCUUUGAUAGAUGCUUACUCUGUGGGUGGAUCUGUUUCCUGCGCCAAGGAUGUUUUUGGUGGGAUUGUUUUCAAGGACAUGGUUUCCUGGACUGGGAUAAUUUCCUGCUGUGCUGAGAAUGGAUGCUUCGAAGAGGCCAUGGGGCUCUUCUCUCAAAUGAGAAUUGUUGGGUUUAAGCCAAAUAACUAUACCUUUGUCAGUGUUUUGAAGGCUUGUCUUGGUAUGGGGACUAUACACUUGGGGAGAAGCGUUCAUGGAUGCACGCUGAAAACGCAUUAUGAGCUGGAUGUACAUGUGGGUGUGGGAUUGCUGGAAUUGUAUAGUGGCUUGGCUGACAUGGAGGGUGCUCGGAGGGUCUUUGAAGAGAUCCCUAAAAAAGAUGUGGUUCCUUGGAGCUUUAUGAUUGGGCGGUAUGCUCAGAUUAGUGAAAGCAGAAAAGCGGUGGAGCUUUUCUGUCAGAUGAGGCGAGCUUUUGUCCUCCCCAAUCAGUUUACAUUUGCAAGUUUGUUGCAAGCAUGUGCCACUAUGGAGUCCUUACAAUUGGGCGAGCAAGUGCACUGUAAUGUCCUCAAGGUUGGUCUUGACUCGGAUGUGUUUGUCUCAAAUGCUCUAAUGGAUGUCUAUUCUAAGAGUGGAAGGAUUGACAUUUCGGUUAAAAUAUUUGAGGAAUCACAAGCUACAAAUGAUGUGACUUAUAACACUCUGAUUGUGGGCUUUGCACAAAUAGGUGAAGGGCAGAAGGCAUUGAAUUUGUUCUCAAAUAUGCUCGAUCAUCAACUGACGGCAACUGAAGUGACAUAUUCUAGUGCUCUUCGUGCUUGUGCUGGCUUAGCAUCUCUGGAACCAGGAAACCAGAUCCAUUCUCUGACCAUCAAAACUACUUAUGACAAGAACACUGUAGUUGGUAAUUCUUUGAUAGAUAUGUAUGCCAAAUGCGGGGCCAUCAAAGAAGCUCGACUAGUGUUUGAUCGGAUGCACGCACGAGAUGAAGUUUCGUGGAAUAGUAUGAUCUCAGCAUAUUCUAUGCAUGGUCUUGGUGGAGAGGCUCUGAACAUAUUUGAGAUGAUGAAUGCCAGCAAAUCUCGACCAAAUAAGUUAACUUUUGUUGGCGUCUUAUCAGCAUGUAGCAAUUCUGGACUAAUGGAUCAAGGUCAACGGUAUUUUCAUUCUAUGGUGCAUGACUAUGGCAUUGAACCUUGUGUAGAGCAUUACACAUGUAUGGUUUGGCUUUGGGGAAGACUAGGCUAUCUCGAUAAGGCUAUGAAACUGAUUCAGGAGAUGCCAUUUGAACCUAGUGUCAUGGUGUGGCGGGCUUUGCUUGGUGCUUGUGUUAUCCAUCAUAAUGUUGAGCUGGGAAAACUUUCAGCAGAGCGUGUGCUUGAGAUGGAACCUCGUGAUGAAGCAGCCUAUGUUCUGUUGUCCAACAUUUAUGCAAAUGAAAGGAGGUGGGAGAAUGUUGCUGCUGUGAGGAAAAAAAUGAAGCGACGAGGCAUAAAAAAGGAACCAGGGUUAAGUUGGUUUGAAUAUCAGGGAACAGGCCAUUACUUCACUGUUGGGGACACUUCACAUCCUGAUAUGAAGCUGAUCAGUGGGAUGUUGGAGUGGUUGAACAUGAAAGCCAGGAAGGAAGGGUUUGUUCCUAAUUGUAGUGCUAUAUUACUUGCUGUUGAAGAUGAAGAAAAGGAGCGCUUGCUGUGGUUACACAGUGAAAGAUUAGCUUUAGCAUUUGCACUUAUCAAAAUGCCCUAUGGAAACCCUAUACGUAUUAUGAAAAACCUUCGAAUAUGCGUGGACUGCCAUGCUGCAAUAAAGCUGAUAUCAAAGGUUGUGCCACGAGAAAUCAUCAUCAGAGAUAUCAACCGCUUCCAUCAUUUUCACAAUGGGGCAUGUUCUUGUGCUGAUUAUUGGUGAUUGGGAAUUUGAACUUUGGCAUAGGAUCUAUAGUGAAAUUAACACAGAGACUAAUGGAUCUUGCAAUUCAAGUCAUGCGAGAAGAAGAAAUAAUCAGAGAAAUCAACGAGAACCGAUAAGGACACUAGAGAUCUAUGUGGUUCGGUCCGAGUGUCGGAUGUGAAACCACAGGUCCUAUUUGGAUUUGGAAUUCUUACUUGGAUCAGGUUUCUUUUAUGGGCUUAAAUUUGAGACAAAGUUGAACAGGACCAUCACCUAUCUCUUGUCCAGACCCUAGGAUUCUGGAGGAGUAAUUUUAGGACUUCUUAAGAAUUAUGAGCUGUUUCACCAUGAGUUGACAAUGAAAUUUCAACAUCAGUUGAAUACAACAAUCUGGUACCUUGAAUUUCAAUUUGCAUUUCAUGAGCAAGAAAAGAGAAAAAAAGGCAGAGCCCAAUUUUGUCCAAAGACUGAGGGUUGAUUUCUACAGCUGUCUCACUUAUUGAAGAAAUUUAUUUUUUAGACACCAUGUCAAAUCCCAGCGCAUGACAUCAACUGCUGGUAGGUUCAUCAUUAAAUGUAUUAUUGAAGGGAAUUAUGUGCCAAUGUCGUGACUAAUUCAGUCAUUCCCACCAUUCAGUGUGGAGUGCAGAAUGCUGGGGCUGGUCUGAAUGCUAGACAGCAUAUGAAUGGGUGCAAUAUUGCAGAGGUGGAUAUGAGGUUGCACCUUCAGACUCGGAUGUUGCUAGGCUUAGGCAACCUCCACCGUGCAAGCAAUUGGCGCCGUGGUCACGAAUCACCUGCACGAAGGUUGCAAGGAGAGGGAGGGGGGACAAAGCUGCUCCAGGACGUCCAUGGGGAGCUGUUGUGAGCAAGGAGAUGUGCAAUGAGGCAGAGACAGAGGGGAGUGACACCACUGAGCGUAAACAAUCUUAUGUUUUGGUCACCCACCUGUGUUUAAGAACAUUGUUAUUUGGUCAAUGAGGUUAGCAGCAUAUUUCAUGAUCGGGGUUUUCUAUCUUAACCAAGCCUCCUCAUCAUAUGAAAAAGAAGAAGAAGGGCUCCUACCUUGACUGA